AGACAUGACGGGGACGAGGAGGAAGAGGAGGAGGGGAAGGAGGAAGAGGAGGAGGAAGAGGCGGCGGCCCACCCCGGAACCCUGUGCUCGCUGCCCGCGCUGCCGCCCGGAGCUCUGCGGCUGGUGCACGGCGGAGGCUGAGGGCAGCGAUCGCCAUGCCAAAGUUACCGAAAACCAAAGGAGCGAAGCAAGAGAAAAAAGUUAUCCAUCCUUACAGCAGAAAAGCUGCACAACUUGCAAGGGAAGCACACAAACAGGAUAAGAAAGAAAAGUUGAAGACUGAAAAAGCUUUGCGUUUGAAUAUUAUUGGAGAAAAGUUGCAAUGGUUUCAAAGUCACCUUGACCCCAAUAAAACUGACUACACAAAGAAAGAAGCUUGUGAACUAAUUGAAGAAUACAUAUGCCGAUUCAGUGGUGAACUGGAGCAGAUUGAAUUACGAAACAGUAUUAAAGGUAGACAGGGAAGACAGCAUGGUUCACGGGAAACUGUCAUCAAGCAGACCAUGGAACGAGAAAGACAGCUCUAUGAAGGCUACGGGAUAGAAAUCCCAGACAUUGUGAACAGCAAGCAUCUUAAAUUUUUCAGGGAAUGGGAUGGUGAUCUGAAGAAACUGCCAAACAUCAAAAUGAGAAAGCUGUCAGUGAGGGAUGCUGUCUGCAGUCGCACUGAGGUGGCAGAUGCAGAAGCUGAAGAAUUGAGUCAAGCAGAAGACACGGCCUCAUGACCACCAGCUGAUUCAAGGGCUGAAGCAGCUGAAGGGAUUUGUAAGAAACCUAUUUUAAUUAGCACUGGAAACAAGAAUAAAGCUAGUGUUUCUAAUUAUAUUUGCAUAGUCUUUGCUAAUUGCAUUUUUGAUAAGCUCACUGUGUACUUAUGCUAGAGAGCAAACAUUCAGCAGCAGCAUAUUACUCAGUUACAAUUUUCAUAUAUAAAUAAAACUUAGUAUUUUAAUUGCAUCCUUACCUCUCAUACUGUACCUGCUCUUUAGGACGCAGGCUUCUAAGCUGAUAGAUUGCCCAAAUCUUGACAUCCUGACUAGUGCAGCAUAUCUUUGCUGGUCAUACAGCAGACAGGAGUCAGACACCUAUUAGAAAUACUUUGUGGUGGGAAACCUUUUCCUGGUAGCAGCAAGAAUAUGUGCCAGAAAAUAGCAGGCACCCUGUUAAACAGUGCCCCCCCCCCCCACCCAGUUACAACUUUUAUACACCCCUUGUAGUGGCGGGUGGGGUCUUCAGGAGCACACAGGUUUGUUGAGAGCAGUGAUGGGCCUUCUCUCACCAACUGGGGUGCUGCAUGGCACAGGGUACUUAGCUCAGGUGCAAGGAAUACACCUGCUUGGUGAAAACAUUUAUGCAGAUAACGAGAUACAUAGAGUGUCAGUUAAUCAAGAAGAACUUUCACCUUGUACCCUCUGAGAAUCUGUCAGGAACAGAGAUAGCUGGUAAGACAUCAACCAAGCACUGAGUAUUUUAUGUUUUGUCAAGAGACUGAGAGAAUUAUGCUGUUCUCUCCACCCUGUAUUGAAGAAUUCAGGCCAGAAGCCAAUUAAAGUUCAUAAAGUCUGUUUUUAAAUGUCUCUAAGUUUUGUUUUGUCUUGUUUUUUUCUGUCCUCUCUUUUAAGAAAGCUGUGCAUUUGUAUAUUAAGUUGCAUAGGACUUCUAAAUAGCAGGCUAGCUGUAUGAAGCAACUCUUUAGAUGCCAUUAAAUGUGUCUUUCAGAAAGGUUCUUCGUAGAUUCUCCCUUUUAGAAAUGCAAAAUAAUAAAAAAAAAAAAUUAAUGGCAAAGGCAAAACCAGGGUGAAUUUCACAGCAGGACAUCUCUGACUGAUAGGCCAGGUUAGUUGUACAGGCUGUAGAUGAUAUUGUAGAACUCACAGCUCAGAUGCCCAGUAAUCACGAGGAAAUAUGUAUUCCUGAUGGAUGAUAUUUCUAGCGCUCGAUCCCUAAUGCAGUUCUGUGUGUUAAACAGGGCUCUCUGUCUUGGUAAAUAGUUAACAGUUCUCUGAAAUUUGACAGAUACUUCAGGGUGUAUAUUUUUUACUGUGUAGCUGUGCAGCAAGUUUUACUGGUAAGUUUUUUUCUGUUAACAGCUGUAUUAAAUUUUUCCCUUUUUACAGAAUAGGCCUGUGCUAUCAUUUCAAAUUUUAGGAAGCCAAAUUCCGUUGUAAUAGGGAAUUAAUCACUGUUCUUCUUACAUGAAUAUCUAGAGAAACCUGGGUAGAUGUAACAGGCCUGAAGCAGGAGCCAGUGAUCCAGUGCAUCAUCAUAUGGCCUGCAAGUCUUGAGCCCGGCUGGAGGCCUUAGUGCUCUGACACCAGCUAUAGCGCUAGGCCAUCACAUCACUGUUUUGUGUUUUAGAAACGAGUGUGCUGAAGUUCAGAGCACACCUUUGACAUUUUUUCAACCUGGUUAAAACACUGAGGUAUGUAGUGGAAUUUAUUGAUUGAUUCCGCUUGUUUCAAUUUAUAAAACUUGCAAAGCUAAACUCCAGUGGAAGCUGAACCACACUGGGCUGAACUAAACCUGUGUACGUGUUUGUUCAGUGGUCUGACAGAUUUUGUCUUUCAGAAAGAUGUACCUUCAAGUUUGUCCUUUAGACACCACCAGAUGUACUUUGAAGUUGGAAAAAUUGCUGUCCUACCACACUGGGUAAAAUACUGAAGUAAAACGAGCACUAAGAUAACUACAAGUUUUAGUAUGUUGCUGUGAGAAUAGUCUGUUAGGCUGGCAUUGCUUUAAAAAAAGAUUGUCACACAAAGUUAGAAUAUAAGACAUUUUAUAUGCCUUGAAACAAUUCACUAAUAAGAAGGUAUUAUAAAAAAAUAUAGUCAUUACUUGUGUGGUUGAUGUAGUCAAGAUUUGAAUUUUUAUUUUUUUUUAAUAUUGCUCACACUUGAAGAACAUGUUUGCAAUGCGGCCUUCAUUGAGUUUUGUGAGUUUUCUCUCUUGAAGUCCAUGUGUUCACUGCUUGUUUAGCUGUCUUUUAAACUAUCUUGUUGACAUGCUGCAUAAGUAAUGAAAAAGAAGGGUUUCCAUCUUUAACUUUCUAUAUUGAAUUAUCAGAAAAAAAUAUAUUUUUUUAAUUUCUGCACUUGAAGUGUUUGUGCCUUGAGUCAGGGGGUUAAAGGGAGCCUUUUGCCUUAUGCUACAGAGACAAGAUAGUGGAAUUUCAUCCAUCAGUUUCAUAAUCCUAUCAUUACUGCACUUUAGGGUUUUGCAUAGUGAUGAGUUUCUUCUUUGUGCUUGAAAAAAAAGGAAGAAUGCUCUCAGGAGUUCUGAAUUUUGUUCUCUGCUUCUUAGAACUCUAGAAGGCUGGAAAGUUGCUGGAAUGGCUGGAAUGACAAAUCUGGCUGUGAUAGUCUCUGUUCUUACAAAUUUGCUGUGGGGGGUACCUUGAAAUUCUGUUUACUUGUAAGGGUUAUAAACUUUAACGUUAAAAUCCUCUAUUAUAAUUCUCUGU